GACGGGCCGGGCAUGGACGGGCCGGGCAUGGACGGGCCGACCCGGGCCGCGGAGCUCAGCGGAGGGGCGGAUGAUGCGGCGGGCGGGCACCGCUGGCCCCCGGCCCCCGAGGAGAGCGCAGACCAUCCGGCAGAGCCGCGGUGCGGGACACCCUCGGCCGGCCCGCAGUCGACCCCCACGGGCCUGCCCACCCUCCUGGCCUACAGACCCGAGUCCUCACAGGCAAACGUACACCACGAGGCAGAGGAGGAUGCUGAGCCAACCUGCGAGUACUGUGGCAACCUGCUGAGGCCGUUCCCCUUCUCCGAGGAUGUGCCUCUCUCUGAGGACCAGGAAGACAGAUUCUGCUGCAAGCGCAGCCGGGAGCUCUACGAGUUCAUCAUGAAGGAGAGGAAGAGGCUCGAGGAUGCCAGCAGCCUUCCCAGAGCUGUCAGCACUCAGGAAUCCCUCAGCUCUGAAGCCAACCUGCUGCUGUCAAAGGAGCAAGACAGCCAGAGGCAGCAGAAGAGACACCUGGCUAGAGAGCUGGCUGACCAGUAUUUAAGGCUGAGUGCCACUAAAGGGUCACAGAAAGCUGGAUUCGUUUCCUACGAGACUUCCCAGGAACUCACCUCUCCCGAAGGUGGGACACCAGUGCCUGUUGCAAGUGCAGCCAAGCCCGAGCCCCGGCCCAAGGAGAAGCCCGAGCCCGAACCCGAGCCCCAGCCCAAGGAGAAACCUGAGCCCGAACCCGAGCCCCGGCCCAAGGAGAAACCUGAGCCAGAAUCCUGGCCCAAGAAGCCUGAACUGGAACCCCGGCCCAAGGAGGAGCCCGAGGAGGAGCCCGAGCUGGAGCUUUGGCACGAGGAGGAGCCCGAGCUGGAGAAGGAGCCCGAGUCCUGGCCUGAAGAGGAGCCUGAGCAGCCCAAGCGCGACAAGAAACCCGUGUCCCGCAGCGUCCUCUGCUACGAAUUCAGUCUGCUGGGGAAGAAGGUGGGGAAGGGUAAAUUGGUGCAGAAGUACUACAAAAAUGGAAAGAAAUUCCUUACCAUGCUCCCAGACGGAACAUCGCAGUUAUUCUAUCCAUCUGGAAACCUGGCCAUCAUCAUUACACAAGCCAGAGACCAGCUGAUGUGCAUAGUACAGGAAGAUGAGCCAAGGACAGUCAAAAUCCGAGCACUGUUUCAGUCUGAUGGCAGGAGCACAUGCUAUUACCCUACCGGAGAUGAGUGGAUAAAUAUGAGUAUCCAGGGUGGGCAGUAUUUGGACCAAGCAGGCAACAGGGUAAGAAGGUGGAUGUGGCCGAACUUGUUACCAGAACCCCAGGUUCCACUGAGCCCCAUUUUCAUCUCACUGAACCGCCACGUGGGGGUCAGGAUCCUGGCCCAGGACAAGAUCUUCAUCUCCUUCCUCGCUAUGGGGCGACAAGCAAAACUCAACAUGGGAACCAAAGUGCAGGUCAACACCAACAGCCAGCUGCCGCCUCCAACCCCGCUGGGUGAGGAUGAGCUCCUGCUGCUCGCCUUCCGUGUGAAGAUCCUGCAGCUCUUCGACAGGAUGCGGGGAGGCCUCAACUUUCCUUCUAGUGAGCAGUGGAACAAAAUGCAGCCUCCCAUGUACCUCAUCAGCCAGGCUGUGAAGAUCCUGGAGCUCUGCAUGGCUGCUGACAUAAGUGAUGAGCUGCGCAGCUCCAUCAAGGCAAUAGUAAAUGCCCAGCAGCUCUGACCCGUGUGUGUGUGUGGUGUAAGGCAAAAUGAGCCAGAGACAGUCCCUGACGCUGUGGCACCUGCAUGUGCUCAGCAAGGUUUCUCCUCCAGCCCUGCCUACCUGCCCCGGUGCAAAGGGCAGUCCAGGGCUGACCCGCACAGCCCCAAACGGGUCUUGCUCAGGGCAGGCGAUACCAGCCUGCAGGGACAGCACCUUGGUAAUGGAGGCACCAGAGGGCUUUGCUCAGGCAGAGCGAUCCCGUGCUCCACAGCAGUGCACUGCUCCUCAGCAGGCUCCCUUCUGUCUCCAGCCCCAUCUGAGUAGUCACUUCACAAGGUACAAAGGCACAGCCGAGCCAGGGCUUGGGACAGCUACACAGGCACGUGUUUGCUCAAGUCACCCAUACAGGCACAGCUCUGCCACUCCUGACAAGAAGGUGGCAUCAGCAGGAAGCCCCAGGAGUUCCUGGUGCCCAUGCCCACAGCAGCUCAGCCACCUACAGGUACAAGACAAGGUGGUUCCCUGCACAGAGCAACAAAUGCCCUCAGAGUGCCCAAAGCAAUCACCUAUGCUUGGCUCCAGGGAGCACCAGCUGCAGUCUGGGAUGGGCUCUGGUUCAAGCACUGCAAACAGAGCUAUCAGUGGGUGUUAAGAGGCUCAUAGUGCUGCAGUCAGCAUUGAGGAACCUCCCAGCCUCUCAAAGCUGCCUUAGAAACUAGGGGUUCACCUGGCCAGCUUCCCCCACCUGAACUGUGGCAGGUGCCUGAAGGAUAAGACCAAGCCCCAUCUGCCCUUCCCCAAACUGGAGGUUCUUAGGGGCUUACACAUGACAAAUACAAGGUCAGUAACUUUGGAAAGUUGGCUUUUUAUGCAGUUUUUCAAUUGCAGUUCCAAGAAUGUCCAUCGGUGACAAACAAGGUACUUCACACAGGAAAUGGGAACUCUUUAUUUCAAUUAAUGUUCUUGGGUUCUGUUCAGGACAGCAGGAAGGCCCAGCUCAUCUCUCAAAUGGCCAAGGAAGAACUGCUGGAGCUGGUCCACAUGAUUAAAGAGCAGCUGAUCUUAAUUUUCACUGAAGUCACCAAGUGAUGUAACAAUUCUGCAUAUAAUUUUGCUUAUAUAAUUCAGUAUAUAAUGCACUGUUUGACUCUGCCAUAGAUUUUGAAAAAUAUACAAACCUGUUUUAACCACAUUAAAGAGAUUUGAUAGACAGCUA